CUUCGAAGACAGGAAACUGCCUUUGUUGACUCGGCAGCUGUAGAGGAGCAAGAUGUCUUCCCUGGACGUGGAGGAUUUCAUUCAGCAAAACAGAGCUCUGGCAGAGCAGGUAGAAAAGUUUCGAGGCUACUGGGAGAGCGACAAACACUGGAAGCCGAGGAGGGAGUUCAUCCUGCGGAACAUAAACGACUUCCAGUUCCAGCAGCUGGACCACCUGCUCUCUCUGUCCAUGGUCUGGGCCAACAACGUCUUCCUCGGCUGUCGGUAUAGCUCAGAGCUCGUGGAGAAAGUGAAGGAAAUGGCGGAAGGCAUUGAUGUGGAGGACGCACCGGUCUUCAAGACAAGAGAUGAGAUUAUGAAAAAGCAACAGGGUCGAUGACCAGCUCGGGCGAAUCGUCUCUUCUGGUUUUAUCUGAUCAGUGACUGAAGACUGGAGGGACUCGAUCGUACAGGCUGUGCUUGUAACAAAGCUUAUCACGUUUCUACAGUUUAUUACCAUCAUACAUUGUUUAAUACAGAUGUGAAUGAGUGAUACUCAGAUUUUUAGGCUUUUAUUUGUAUUAUCAUGACGUCACAAGAAGCUGUCGGCAGUGUGGGAACUUCACUGCUCCACUAUCUCUAUGCAUGAUUGUUUUACAUUUUUUAAAGUGUACUGAUUGUUUUUAGUACUGUUUUUAUAAUAAAUACAGAUGGAAGAUGACACUGGAUCUUGUCCUAAUGUCUGAAGUAGAAUAAAGGACUUGUUUUCAUAA